AAACAAUAGCGUAGAAGUAAAUAAACAACCUGUCAGUUUGCGUGUUUUUUGUUAGCUUUUUUCUGGUAAACGUUUGAAAGACUGUGUUACAGGCAAAAUAAGAAUUCAUCUUCUUGAUGAUGGACUACGAAUUCAAAUUGAAAACUGCAUCAGAACGUGCCAAAGUUGAAGAUUUGUUUGAAUUCGAAGGUUGUAAAGUGGGACGCGGAACUUAUGGUCAUGUUUAUAAAGCAAGAAGAAAAGAUGGGUCGGACACAAAAGAUUACGCCUUGAAGCAGAUAGAAGGAACUGGUCUGUCCAUGUCGACAUGCAGAGAAAUUGCUCUGCUGCGGGAGUUGAAACACAACAACGUGGUCACUCUGAUCCGUGUCUUCCUGUCGCACACGGACAGGAAAGUGUGGCUUCUCUUCGACUACGCGGAGCACGACUUAUGGCACAUAAUCAAGUUCCACCGGGCUGCGAAGGCCAACAAGAAGCCGGUGAUGGUGCCCAAGGGGAUGGUGAAGUCCCUGCUGUUCCAGAUCCUCGACGGAAUACACUACCUCCACUCCAACUGGGUCCUGCACCGAGAUCUGAAACCGGCCAACAUCCUGGUGAUGGGGGAGGGCCCGGAGCGCGGGCGCGUGAAGAUCGCGGACAUGGGCUUCGCGCGGCUCUUCAACGCGCCCCUCAAGCCCCUGGCCGACCUGGACCCCGUGGUGGUCACCUUCUGGUACCGAGCCCCGGAGCUGCUGCUGGGGGCGCGGCACUACACCAAGGCCAUCGACAUCUGGGCCAUAGGCUGCAUCUUCGCGGAGCUGCUCACCUCGGAGCCCAUCUUCCACUGCCGGCAGGAGGACAUCAAGACCAGCAACCCGUACCACCACGACCAGCUGGACAGGAUAUUCAACGUGAUGGGCUUCCCGCAGGAGAAGGAGUGGGAGGACAUCAAGAAGAUGCCGGAGCACCCCACGCUGCUCAAGGACUUCAAGAGGGGCAAUUACUCCAACUGCUCCUUGCUCAAGUACAUGGACAGGCACAAGAUCAAGCAGGACAGCAAAGCCUUCCACCUGUUGCAGAAGCUGUUGUUGAUGGAUCCCACCAAGAGAAUCACGUCGGAGCAGGCAAUACAAGACGCAUAUUUCCAGGAAGAGCCACUGCCUACGCCGGAUGUUUUUGCAGGUUGCCAGAUCCCUUACCCCAAGAGAGAGUUCCUGACAGACGAUGAUAACGAAGACAAGUCAGACAGCAAAGCUCGCCAAAAUCAAGGACAAAAUGGCAACCAGGGCGGAGGCACGGACCAGGGCAGCCACAACCACAACCACGGGCCCAACGCGAAGCGCGUGCGCCUGGCCCCCCCGCACCCCGUCAGCUCGGCCGGGGGCAUGGCCCCCCAGCAGCAGCCGCAGCAGCAGCAGCAGGCAGAGUUCCACCACGUGCAGCAGCAGCAGGGCAUGAUCUUCACGUCGACGGCCAGCACCCAGCCGGGCCCCACCUUCGUGCAGAGGUUCACCUGAUGCGCGGGGCGCGGCCGCUACCCCUGCACGCUGCCGUAGACUCUCUCUCUCUCUCCAUCUCUCUCUCUCGUGCCAUCUGGAACAUGGCACGAUCGCCGCAACGGUCACCCCCUCCCUUUGCUUGUCACAAGUUGGCCAACACACGUCUGGGAAAUAGCUGUGGAAUCCUCGCUGUAACGAGUACGGUCCUGUUUCCGCGACAAAACAUUUGCUACAGCAGUGAAGAGCAGUGAAGGGGAAUGGACAGUGAAACUGCAUGCAAGUCGCAUCGAAAAUUUGCUGCAGAGACGAUUGAUAUUGCUGGUGUUAAUAUUUGUUAUAGGGAGGUUCUACUUAUUGGAUAGUUUUCAGUUUUUUGCAUCGUGUAAAAAAAAACUGCUGGGAAUUGAUUGUAGGACUGCAAUUAAAUAGUAUCAGGGUGUCUACCAGUCACAGAGUUCUUGGGAAAGUCACAAAAGUUCACGUACAUUCAUUGAUAUGGAACUUCUGUCACAAUUAUUAGAUGCGUCCUUUUUGAUGACAUUCUCUACUCUGGAAGUGGGAUGUGUUUUACAAAAAAUUACGUUUUGCGAUCGCCCGAUUUACGUGAUUCGCCAAGCUGCACUUUUGUUGUGAUUUUUGAGAUCUGAAAAUGGAUUAAAACAGCAUACUCUCAGUAAAUCCUACAUUUACAAGUAAACUUAUCAAGCAGAUCAUUUCAUGUGAAGCUAUAAUCCAGGACAUUUCUUGAAAAACAGGAGUGGUUUGUCAGCUUUCACAUUAAGAUCAGGAACUAAUGAACCAUGGUGUAGUUUUAAGACACUACUGUUCAUUUCGAAAAGUGAUGGAUUUUCUCAGAAUUAUACCGUUUACCUUAUCCAUUCAUUCCAUCAGCCCUCCAUUCCAUUUGCAUCUCAUCACAUUUAGUUAUCUCUAAUGACCCUGUAAUCAAUGAGAUGUUACACCCUCAUUCAUUUAUUCAUUUUUCCUUUAUUCAUUUAUUUGUCCAUUCAUUCAUUUCAGAAAGACACAAAGCACCUAGUAUGUCAAACACAAGUACUUAUUUAAAGUUGAAGCCAUCGAAUAUGUUAACACAUGGUCACUCUAUAUAAUCUGACCCCCCAAAUUAGUAAUCAGGAACUGUGUAGGGGGUUAACGAGCUAUUUUUAAUGUGAGUUCAGAGUCUCAGCCAUGCGCCAUCUGGCUCCAUAACCAACGACCAGAGUUGAGAACUAACAUACUAAAAAUUACCAGUUAUCUUUUUAAGAAACAUAUAUAUUUUGGUUAAAUUGAAGUGCUUUUUGAAUUCAUAGCUAAUUUUGUUUAAGAGAAAUUUCGGACUGAAAGAGGAAUGUGUCUUAGAAUCGAGUUAUUAUAGUAUGCACCGAUGUAAUUGUCAACUGUUGACUAAACGUGGUUUUGUUUUAGUGAAAAGUCUGUUGCAGUGGAUGAAAUUUCAUUACAGUAGAACCCUGUUAUAAUGUUUUUCAAGGGAGCACAAGAAAAAAACAUUAUAAGCAGGAAAACGUUAUAAGCAGGAAAUCUCAAUUUAGCACUUAACAAUGUUCGAGCUUUGUACCAAUGGACUCACCAAGCUAUGUAAACAACUUUAAUGUUAAAACCAAAGAUAGUAUACUUGAAACAUGAAUUAUCUUAAAGAAGCCAACAAUUUUUCAACUUCGUCUUGUUCCCUGGUUAAAUUUUGUUUGUCUUUAAAGAUACACUGCCACAUUUUUUGUAAAAUUGUCUCACGAUUCAUGAUGACAACAUUAAGAGUGAGAACGUCUACUCCUUCGACACCUGAAAAUGUUUAAUUUUGGGAUUCCUACAUAUGAAUGAAAAAAAAAAAUUAUUUGUAAGCAAUAGAAAACACUUUUAGUUAUGCCCUCGCUCAAUGUUUGGCAACUUAAAUAUCGUAGGACUAUGUACGUGCAUCUGAAUACCCACUGGAAUGGCAAGGAAGAGAAGAGUUGACUAAGGGUGCCAACUGACACGUAACUAUGAACAUUGUGUACCUUCAGUAUAUUGCAUAAAAUAGUAUUUUAACAAACUUCAUGUAUUGUAUGGCAGUGAUUGUAAACAUAAACAUACAUAAAGGAAACUUUUUAUCAUAAGUGUUGGAAUAAUUUGGUUUUAAAACAUUUUUUCCCUAUUUAUUGAAUGUUAGAAAGCAAACAUUAUAAGCAGGAAAUUACACUAUUCAAGAAUGUUAUAUGCAGGAAAUAAAUACAUUGUCCUUAUGGGGGAAAUAUUGGGACUUUAAAAAUAUGACAUUAUAAGCAGGAAAACAUUAUAUGCGGGAACAUUAUAACAGGGUUCUACUGUAUUAGGUCUUGUUUUGUUCUGUUUAAGGUGUCUAAAACAUAGCUUACAUGAAGCUAAAAUAGCAUGAUUAAGGAAUAAUGUAUACAAGUUUCAAGAAUUUUCUUUUUAGAGAAGUAUUUUAUCAGUGUUGUGACAAUUAUUAAAUACACAAUCUUAUAAAAUAUUUUUUCAAUAAAAAAUUUAAUACAUAUAUCUAAACAAGAGUUUACUGGAUGUUUCAAAAAGUAUUAAAUCUCAAGAAAAGUAAGAAUUUUAUUAAAAAGUUCGGGUAGACACCCUGCAUAGUCAGUCUUCAGUUAAGUCUGCUAAUUACUUUAAGAUGGUAAGAACUAUGUACAAAUUCCGGUAACAUCCGUGUCUCUCCCCACAUUACAAAGAACUACAUGACAAGAUUGUGUAUAUAAACAUUAAUUUGAAUCUUGUGGAACUAAUGCAUAUGCUGUUACUAUGUGUAAUAUAUAAGAAGCCACACUUUAUAUACCGGUAUGUAUGUAUUUUUAAGUUGUGAUCGCAAGUUUUUGAAUUGCAACAGUUUUUACAUCGGUGGUCGGUACAAGAGAAUCACAUGUUGUACCAGACUGAUUAUUGCACUGCCAAGUAUUUUUAGCUUCUUAUUUGGACUGAUAAGAUUAAGUUGCAUUAACAACUGCUAUUUUGGAUUUUAUAAUGAAAUAUUCACAAGAGAUGGCAGUUAAUAGGUUUUGUAGAAAAUUUUGAUAUGUGCACAAAGAAAAUAUUGUAAAGCCUUAUUGAUUUUAUAUUGGUUUGGUAAAAAUUGUAUCUACAUGAUUAAAGAUACAUAGGUAUCAUUCUUAGUGCAUAAGACAGCAGGUCAUGAUGUGCUUUGCAAUGAUAUUUAUUCUAAUAAUGUUUAUUUAUUGAUGCUGUACUUAAUCUCUAUUGUUGAUUUUCCCUCAACAGUUAAUAUUACCAUUACUGUCCGCACCAAAUAUCUUGACAGGUGAGAAUUCGUGCGGGCAUGUAUCACCACAGGAGACUUGCAAGGCUGCCUUAAAAUAGUAUUGUUCUAUGUGUCUAUGUGCACCCUAGCCGUCACAAGUGUCAGCUACAAAAAUCAGUGCCGCUCCGAGAACCAGUGACCGUUAGUGGUGCUAGCCGCCAAGACAUUUGACGUGGACAAUAGAGUAAUAGCAAAAUCACUUUUUUUAGGUAACUGUUUGUAGUGAAAAGAAGUAAUACAGGUACAUAUUUGAAAUUGGAUUAUAGUUUACUUGAUUAAACAACACCUUGUACCUUCAUAUAAUGUAUCCUGUUAUUUCACUAUGCACUAUUUGGUCAUUGUAAAUUUUGGUGUGUAACACAACACAUUAAAUAAUUUGAAAUUACAUAAUUAUAUUACGCUAGUAUCCUUUUGUUCUUAGCACUUAAAAAAUGAGGUUUUACAAUUUUUGUUUGUGAAGAAAAUUAACAUUAUUUAAAAUGUAUUAAAAAAAAAAUAUUAACAAAAUAUUUAAAAAAAAAA